CCUCCUCCACUCCAGACGUAUGCGCAUCUGGCUUCGUGGAGCAACAACCAUUCGGCGGUGCAAGUGCUACUCCUGCUCCUUCCCACUAGCGGUAGUGCCCGUCGUCUCGCCGCCGCCUCCUCUCCCUCCGGGCUCCCGCCGCCGGACCGCGUCGUCAGCGAUGGCCGAGGCACACAGCGGGCGGCGCGUGGGGAUGGUAGGCGACGUCCGGGACGCGCCGGAGGGCCACGAGAACGACCUCGAGGCCAUCGAGCUCGCGCGCUUCGCCGUCGACGAGCACAACAGCAAGACCAACGCGAUGCUGGAGUUCGAGAGGCUGGUGAAGGUGAGGCACCAGGUGGUGGCCGGGACCAUGCACCACUUCACCGUCCAGGUGAAGGAGGCCGGCGGCGGCAAGAAGCUGUACGAGGCCAAGGUGUGGGAGAAGGUGUGGGAGAACUUCAAGCAGCUGCAGAGCUUCCAGCCGGUCGGGGACGCCGCGGUCGCCUGAGGUAGUGAAGGUAUCAUCUUCCAGUGCCAUGAUGAUGUGUUUUUUCCCUCGAGGCUCACAAGCUUUUGGCUGGGGGCUGGAGCACAACAAUGAAAGAAUUUAGCCGUCGGACAUGGAAUACAUCCCCCACUGGAAAAGUAUAUAUAUGAUAUGAUGAAUAAACCAGCAUCUUACCACAUGUAUUGUACGCUGUAUGAAAUAUUGACUCCUGUAAUGGAAUGAGCUGUGCUAAGAAAUCUAAAAGCCUUCUUGCUUUUCAUGUUGCCA